UCCACAUUUCGCAGCGCUUGGCAUAGAACUUUUCUAUCCAAUCCAUUUGUUUGUGAAUGAGACUUCAUUAAGAAGGGCCACCCCAGGAACAUGAUGGGACCUCUGCUACUUAAAUUGCUUUUACAAGGUGUUCUGCUGUUUGAUGCUUUGGCAUGGUAUGUGAAUAUGCCAUCGGAAAUUCAUGGCCUCAAAGGUUCCUGUCUGGUCAUACCAUGUUCUUUCUACUACUCAUCAUACCCACCCAAUGACCCACGUAGAGUUGUUUGGUAUCAGUGGGUCUCUAGAGGUUAUCCUUUAGUUUAUGAUCCAUGGUAUCCAAGUUAUGUCAUUGAGAAAUUCAGAUUGAAAACUGCUUUAUAUGGUGAUCCAUCAAAAAGGGAUUGCAGUCUGUUGAUUAAAAAUCUGGACACGUCUCACCAUGGAGAGAAAUUAUAUGCAUGGAUUGACCCUGAAAAUGUUGGACGGUCCACCUUCAAAUUUUAUGACGUCACCUCAACUAUUGUUGUUGACACUCAGCCACAGCAGCCCAGCAUUUAUAUUUAUGGAGGUGAAAGGACAGGUGACAAAGUCACAGUAGCCUGUUCAACUUUCCACACGUGUCCAUAUAGCAAACCAACAAUAACUCUGAACGGUGUCGAAGGAUCUGACGGAAUCAGGGAUGAGUCUGUUAAGAACAAUCUAUGGAAAAUCACUUUGGAACGAAAAGGUAUCAUAAUGACAGAGCGCUCGACUAUUAAGUGUUCAGUAACACAUUAUGGUGGCAUAAUAGUGACAGCUACAAAGGACAAAAGUGCAGAAUGUGUUCAUCAUAAAAUAACGAUUGAGCCUGAACUGGCAGAUGUCACAGAGGGCAUCACAAAGAACUUCAUUUGUAGCGUCUACCAUUCCUGCCAGAAAGAGAAUCCAACCAUCACAUGGAACUAUGAGAACAUGCAGGUCACAACAAGGAACAAAAAACUCCCUGGUUUAAAUCAGAUCAGCUAUUCCAACAUAACCUUUCUGGCUGCAAAAGAGGACCAUGGAAAUAAACUGAUUUGCACCGUAAAAUUUUCUGGAGCAGACUUUGAUGCAUCCGUUGUUUUACGUGUACAACAGUAUCAAAAACCAGCCAGUCCAAUGCAGAAUGAAACUCAUUUCCAGUAUGUGGCAGAUGUGAUACCCAAGAUCACUGCACUGCCUCAUUCAUGUGUGGUAAUACCGUGUAGUUUCAAGAUGGAGGAAUAUGUCACUCGUCUUCGGGUUGUUUGGGUCACUGAAGGAGGUGGCUACAUGUUUCACACGGAUCCAGUCGAUGUCUUAAACAACUUCAAAGGCCACACAAGACUCCUCGGAAACCCAGAUGAACAUAACUGUACUGUGGAGAUGGAUAAUGUGCAAACUCAUGACAACGGGCCAUUCUGCUUCCGGGCAGACAAAGGAAGCAAAAAAUACAGCUUCAACAACAGCUGUGUGUCCAUUAUUAUGCAAGCAUCUCCCGACAAACCUGUGAUGUCAUCCCUCCCUGAAGACAUCGAGCCCAAGACACGCAUCGCCGUCAAAUGCUCAGUCAACCACACUUGCUCCUCUCACCCUCCCCAAAUCACCUGGAGCGUCCCAACAGCCCGAGACACUAUCAGCCACAGUCACAUGGGUGGAGGCGUCUGGGAAACAGUGUCCUCUGUGACCUUUGUUCCAACUGGAUAUGAAGAGAAAGAUGAAAUUGUUUGCACUGCCAACUUUUGGGGCGGUAGAACACAGGAAAACACUGGCUUCCUUAGUAUUAGACGAGUUCAGGGGCUUAGAUUGGAGACUAUUGGGUCUAGUAUCAUUGCUCCCACACUUGUGUUCAUUCUCAUUUGCGUUCUUGUGGGAGUCUUCAUAUAUAAAAUGCGACAGAGACCGCUUCAUCCAGAUCUGCAAGGGUCACAAUCUGAACGGAGGAGGUCAGUUUGGAACAGAUUAUCAAGUCGUUUAAGAACGCCUGACAGAAGUGAUAGAAGGCAAGUAUACCAGAGAAAGGUCAGAAAAGUUAGUGUCAGUAUUUAUUUCUAAUGAACUAACUAGUGCCAUCAACAGGGACACUGGAGAUGCUACUCGAAGAAAUAUGAGGCUUGAACAAAGAACAAACAACAUUUGUACGGUGUCAGAAAACAAGCCUUUCUCCAAACCUCUUAUGCUGUCACCAAAGAGUGAGCCAAAAUCCUCAGGUUAUGAUUAUGAGGCUGUUUACUCCAACAUGGAAGAUCUCAACGUGUAUGGAAAUAUCUGAUGAUAAUGAACAACACAAAGUUCAACAGUUUGUUUUUUGUUUUUUUUAAUGCUCAAAAUAAUAUUAAUCAGACUUUAUGCUUUCAAAUGUUAUCGCUCUUUUUGACUCUGUAGCUUGUGUUGUCUUAACUGAUUUUAUUAAUGUUGUUGUCUCUGUUCUACUCUGCCAUUUAUCAACACUUUUCAGCAUUUUUGUGAAAAAAAAUUACUAUAAAUAUAAACAUUCCAUCCUAUUUAGCACCUUGAUGAUUUAUCAGUUCAUUGUACUUAUCAAUAUCAUUCUGCAUGUUAAGUUUCUAAAAUAUGCUGCAUAUUGUGAAACAAAUUUGCACCAAUGUAUACAAUUCUUACACUGUUAGUAUUGACAGAAAUCUGCAUGAACAUAAUGUGA